UUUUACUUUCGCUCUUCACCUUUUGAGCACUCAGGUAUUGUAGUAUGAAACGGAGCAGGAUCAUGGCUGGGAUCAAAGGUCUUGUGUUUUUGGUGGUCCUGACUUUCCAGUGGACUCAUGUAACAGGAGAUACUGAGGUGUCCUGCAUUUUCAUGGAAAGCUGCAUGUUACCGUGUAGCUAUGGUGGCAGAGAUGUAGUCAUCCACUGGAUUCAGGUAUCAACAGGAGACAUUACUGUCCACUCAUUCUACCACAACCAAGAUCAGCUGGAACGUCAGAACCAGCACUUCAGAGGCAGGACAUCACUGUUCAACGACCAGAUCUCCACAGGAAACGCCUCACUGCAGCUGACAAAGGUGGAGGUUCAGGAUGAAGGCAAAUACAAGUGCUACAUCAGCACCAUCGAUGGAAACAAGGAGUCAUUUAUCAACCUAAAGAUAGAUGCUCAGAUCCAAAAAGUCAACAUUCAGCAGGUAGGAAACAUCAUCACCUGCAGCUCAGAGGGCAUCUACCCUAAACCUGAACUCACCUGGUCCACCAGUCCUCCAUCCAACAUAACUUCCAAAGACAUCACAGUCCAGCCGACUGAACAGCUUCUUUACAACAUCAGCAGCUCUUUGAUCGUUUCAGACAGUGAGACUGAUUUAGACUACAGCUGCACCAUCAGCACUCGCAGAAACAGAAAGAAAGCAACUUUAUUUAAACCAGAUCCAGCAAAUGACAGUCCUCAGAGUCCGAAUUCAAACCAGCUGAGAGCCACCAGAGGAGGGAUCAUUGGAGGACUUUUUGUUAUAGCAGCAUUAGCAGUAUUAGCAGUAUCAGCAGCAGUCCUGUGCUGGAGUAAAAAAAAGGAUGUUUCCUCAGCUCUCCAUACUAACCAAGAGUCAACCAAUACAUCUGACACCAAACAAGCAGCUUCCUUUGAACAACUGCUUCUGUCAAGUAACAAUUACAGUUAAGAUAGGUGGAAACAAAAACCUUCCCUAUCCUCUGUUCUGGAUAUAAAGGAAUAAAUGAUGGACAGAAGAUUUCAAUGAAUUCCAGAGCAAACACAUUUUGUCUCCCAGCAACUAAGAACAGAACAGUUACAAUUCCUUUGUGAUCUCAGGGAAGUAAACACAGACCAGCAUUAAGUUGGAAGCUAAAAUCAUUUUGGCUGUCAGCUCAGCAAAGCAGGAAGUUUAACAGAUGAACAACUACAGAAGAAAACCUUCACAUCUGUGAUUUGGAGCUGUUACUGGGAACACUGUCGCUGAGGAACAAGAACACUGAAAGCAUGCUUCACAUUUUCUACACUGCAAACAAAGAUUUUUUACUAGCAGACUCCGGCUCUUGAAGUACAGCAUGUUUUUCUCUCUCCUCCUCAGAGCAGACUGAAUGUUUAUUUUAUAAUAUAACCUAAAUAUUUUAAUAUCCAUCCCUGCUGUUUCCUGCUUGGAGUCUUUGACAAACUGAAUGAUGAAAAAGAAGGAAACAUGCUGAAAAUGUGGAAAGAAAAACUUGAGUUUAGUUUAGUUUUAAUUAUUAUUUUUUUUUAACUAUAGUUGCAAGGAAAUAAAUAUAGAGUAAAAUGUAUUGAUGUAUUUGUGCGGCUAAAUCAGGGGUCAGGGCCGACUGUAUAUAUUGUUGUUGUUUUUUUUACCUUUGCACUUUGUAUAAACAACUAUAGUGUGUUGCUUAUGAAAUCCAUGAAGUGCUACAGAGAAAAUGAAAUUGUAUUUAUUUAAUGAACACAUUUUGAACUCUUAAAAAAUAAUAACAAAAAAGAAAUACAAAUAAAAAGCUGAACUUAAAUUAUCCAUGUAGCAAACAAAAACUGUGGUGAGCAGUCAUCCUUAUAUCGCCUUUGGGCUUUCGGAGCCUGUAGCAGAGCCUUGACCUGAAUUUAAAAAAUACAUUGGAAAAAAAGCACUAUGUCACUAAACAA